AUGCCCGGCCUAGCCCGCAAGGUCCUCGUCGCCGCGGCAGUCGACGGCCUACUUCUUCACCCUUUGAACCCUGUCCCCUCCAAAGACGGGAGUCGGCCCCCGCCGUUGCCGCUGGUGAAGAUCAAGUAUGGGAGUAAUGUUUCUGUUUCGACCGUCGGGAGGGAUCACGCACCGCCAGCGACGAGCGAGAGUUUUGAGGCUUAUGGGGUUGUUGGCAUAAUAACAGUGUUUCACUACUCCUACCUCAUCACCGUCACCCGAAGGCAGCAGGUCGCUAAUUUGUUUGGUCGCCACCCCAUCUAUGUCGUCACCGAGGUCGCUUUGACACCCCUCACCUCCCGGCAGGAAGCGGCUGAUUCGAUUGGGAAGACGGCGCUGGCGUUGAAGAACAGGCUGCAGAAGGAGGGGAGCACAAGCCAGUCUACCAGCGGUGACGAAGAAACGGGGGGGUUGGGGAUUGAUGAACUGCCCCGUGACGACGCGGUCGAGUCAGCAACGGAGGACGACGCCAUCGCUCCUCCUGAGAAUACGAGCAGCAGUAGUAUUGCGAAGGAUGUGAUUAGCAGACGGGGGAGUUAUGGCCGUUUUGCGCAGAGGUGGUUUUCCCGCUCCGGGUGGGCGGCGGAGAACAAAAGGCAGAUGGGCCUUACGCCCGACUCUGGCACUCCUCCUGCCCAGCAGAAUAGGGCGAGCAAUAAGAACGUGCCGACGAGGUUUCAGAUCCCGGAUGGGGCGGAUGGGAGCGAGGCUGCGAUUGAGUUGUUGCCCAAGUUGCUGAGGACGGCACAGAUACUGUUUGGGAGUAGCAGGACGUUCUUCUUUGGGUAUGAUGUUGAUGUUACGAGGAGGUUGGCGGAUGGGGGGUUGAGAGGGCUGGGGGAGAGUGUGGAGGGGGAGUAUUUCUGGAAUGGGCACAUCAUGAGACGGUUCAGGGAGGCGGGGGUGGAGGGGGUGGUUUUGCCGCUGAUGCAGGGGUUUGUGGGGGAGAGGGAGUUUACGGUGGACGAGAGCCCGGCUCAGGAGGAUGAGGGGGAAAAGGGGGGGAAGGAGAGUGUGGAGAUGAGGGAUCUGUCGCCUUCGGAGGAGAAACGGGAGGGGGAGGGGGGGAUUGGGGGGAAGAAGGGGGGUACAGAGAGGAAGUUUGUUAUCACGGUGAUAAGCAGGAGGAGUAUAAAACGGGCGGGGUUGAGGUAUUUGCGUCGGGGGAUUGACGAGCAGGGAUGGGUGGCGAAUGGGGUCGAGACGGAGCAGAUUUUGUAUGAGGUUGAUGGGGGGGAUAAGGGGAGGGUGUAUAGUUUUGCGCAAGUCAGGGGGAGUUUCCCGGUGUUUUUUACUCAGAGUCCGUAUUCGUUGAAGCCGACGCCGGUGUUGCAGCAUAGUCAGGAGGCGAACUUUGCGGCGUUGAGGAAGCAUUUCGGACGGUUGGGGGAGCGGUACGGGGGGUUGGAGGUGGUGAAUUUGGUGGAGAAACAUGGGGUCGAGGCGCCGAUUGGGGAGGUUUACGAACGGGGCGUGGAGAGGUUGAACGAGGAGUUGGUGAAGGAGGGAAAGGAAAAGAUUGGGUUCGAGUGGUUUGAUUUUCACUCGGUGUGCAGGGGGAUGAAGUUUGAGAAUGUGAGCGUGUUGUUGGGGAUUUUGGGCGGGAGGCUGGAGGAGCUGGGGAGUAGUGUUGUGGUGGAUGGGGUUGUGGAGCGAAGACAAAAGGGGGUGUUGAGGACGAAUUGUAUGGAUUGUUUGGAUCGGACAAAUGUUUGUCAGAGCUCGUUUGGGAAGUUUAUGCUGGAUUUGCAGCUGAGGGAGGAGGGGAUUGAUAUGGAAAAGCAAAAAGAUCAGGAGAAUAGCUGGUUUAAUGGGUUGUGGGCGGAUAAUGGGGAUGCGAUCGGGAAGCAGUAUGCGGGGACCGGGGCGAUGAAGGGGGAUUAUACGAGGACGAGGAAGAGGAAUUAUAGGGGGGCGUUGACGGAUGCUGGGUUGAGCUUGACGAGGUUGUUUAAUGGGAUGUUCAACGACUUUUUUCUCCAAGCCAGCAUCGAUUUUUUGUUGGGGAACGUCACCUCCCUUGUGUUUGAAGAGUUUGAAGCAAACAUGAUGACCAAGGACCCGGCGGUAUCGAUGCAAAACAUGCGCCAGCAGGCCAUUGAGCUCUGCCAGAAACGGGUUAUUGAAGACGAAGCAGAGGAGUUUAUUGGUGGUUGGGCCUUCCUCACGCCUAGCACGCCGGACACCAUCCGCAGUGCCACCUUUGAGGAGGCAGUCUUGCUACUUACCGACUCGGCCCUCUAUCUCUGCCGGUUUGACUGGAACCUCGACAAGGUCUCUAGCUUUGAGAGGGUUGACCUGGCGCAUGUGACAAAAAUUAGAUUCGGGACUUAUAUCACGAGCACCAUCUCGCCUGCGCAGGUGGACGAGCUGAGGAACGUGGGGUUGGUGAUUGAGUACAAGCCUGGGUUGACGGACGUCACGCGUGUCAACACGAGGUCGUUGUCGAGCAUGAGUGAUCACCCGAAACCGACAAAUGACGACUUUGCGAGCGCGGCGCUGUCGGGGGUGGCGGGCUUCUUUUCAGGAAAGAAUGUUGCUGCUGCUGCUGCUGCGGUGACGACGCCUACGAGGAAGAUUGCGUUGAAGGCGUUGUACAGUCAGACGUCUGCUGCUGUGAGUGGGGAGGGUGGUGCUGGGAAUGUGAAGAUUGGGGGGGAGGAGGAUGAGGAUGAGGACAUUGCGCGGCUUACCGAGAUUCAGCAGGUGGUUGUUAUCGCGGCCGAGAUUGAGAGGUUGGCGCUGUUGAAUCAGCCGAGGGAGGUGAAGGGGGAGAAGGAGGAGGGGGAGGGACAUUUGAUUGAGAAGGGGGAUAUUAUCAGUGUGGCGGAGGCGAAGAAGAACACGGGGUUGCUGGAGACUUUGGGGCACAGGGUUAAGAAGUUGGUUUGGGCUUGA